AUGACCUCCAACGACAACUCCUAUCGUUCCAUCACCGGUGCCCUGGAGUCUGCAGAACCUACCUCAUCCGCUGCUCCUUCUCUCCACAUCUCCACCACUCGCGACGCCGGUGACUCCCACGAUUCCUCCACAAACAAGGCCCAGACAACUCCUCCUCCUGCAUCCGCGUCUGCGUCCGACAGCGGGUCUGCACGCCGCCAACCCUCUCUCCACCAAACGCGCGUCUCGAACGGUUCCGCAUCGCCGUCCAUCGCGAAUUCGCCGCUCUCCUCGCGAGACCCUUCACCUGCCAGGCCCUCGCAGCGCCAGCAAAGCCAGCAAACAGCUCCCUCUGGCCACAUGCCUAGGGCAGGUCUCCGUUCGCGCAAGAGCAGCACCGAUGUCAGCCCAAGUAGAGGUCCUACCCUCCCAGGAACCACCACCACUGUCCCCUCCGCUGCCGCCAUACAGCGCGCCCUCUCCUCGGCGAGCAUACCCCAGCUGCAACCUGCAUCCGUCCAGGACCCUUCCAGAGUUCCUCGACCUCUGAAGUCAAACUCCGCAAACUCCUCAGGCGAUAAUACUCCCCAUUGGCCCGUCUCGCCGCGCUUAAAGUCACCUCCUCCCUCCUCCGAUACUCGCUCCAGAUCCCGUAGGAACUCGCUACGUGCUCAGUCUCAAACAAGAAAAACCGAUCCAUCCUCUACGCCUGCUAUCGUCGUUCAAGCUUCAUCGCCUGCAGGCACCCCUCGCCUUCCUGCGAAAGAUGACGGGAAAUUCAGUGAUCCAGAAGAGCAACCAGUGAGCAUGAAAACAACACCAAGGGGGGCGAGCGGCGCCGCACCGAAACUCGAGACAGUCCAGGAAGGCAGUCUGCCCGCCACUCCCGGAACGGACAUCAUCGAGCAGCCAGAUCUCUCAUCAUCGUCUUCCUCGUACAAUCGCAAAGCUUCAGACGACGAGCGGAGUGACGCUCGGGCAUCGUCAAAGGUUACGGAAGACCUCAGCACCAGAGCAAGCCUCCACACCGAGAGUGGGAGUGACACACCCACAACCACUACCAGAACCCAAGACAAGCGAUCGGCAAGCUCACAAAAGUUGACUGAUCUUGCAUCAAAGGCAUCUUCAUCAAUUCCACCAGCUCCGAAGUCUCGUGCUGAGCCUUCAAAAAAUAACAUGACAGUCGAGACGGAGACUGUUCCGUCAGUGGCGCAGGCUAGUAUAGGCAAUCAGGAAAGGUCGGCAUCUGGUCGCGUGGACGGAAGUCUGCGCUUAAAACCCAGCAACGAGACCAUCAGACCUAGGAAAGAGAAGCAAAAGCCAAAGCGAAAGGCUCCCUCGAUCAACUCAGGCACCGGUAGGUCAUCUCGAUUUUCCUCUUCCUUUCUGCUAUUGCACCAUGCGUUGUUCUACCAUAGUCCCUAUGCCACAUCCCCGCGCAUGCGGAGACCCGAUCGACUUACAAGUCCGCAUCCUUUCUCUCACUUCUCAUCAUCUCCUCCUAUUCAAAGUACUGACAUUAGCUUCCACAAAGCUUCAUCCAAAGCAGACGUCUUCGAACAGAAAGUCGCAAGUGCAGUGGACGAGGCCAACUCAUCAGAUUCGGAUGCCACAUUUAUAUACGAGUCGAACCCGCCUGACUCGCAACCGCAUCGAAGCCGACAACAUCACCAUUCUAGGACCCCCAGCAUGACCUCCGUCACGAGUUUGGCUGACCCACGUGCGAUGAUGAUUCGCGAUUCGCACAAGAACCCCAACAAGAAGAGCAGCAUGAAGUUUGCAAACCCGUACAACAACACGAACAUCGAUCAAGAGGGUAGUGAGCGUGGCGAGGGGACGGUUCGCGUCGGAUCGGCCAGAGUGAAUGGGAGCACCCACCAUCACCACCUUGGCCGGCAGGGUCAGGGGCGGGGUGCUCUAAGUCACGUGCUCGUCGACAGCGACUCCUCCAUGCCUCAAUCUUCUCGAACACGCGGACCGUCGUCAAGACACCCAUCGCAGCCUAAUAGUCCCAGAUUCCAUACGUUCAAUAUGGGCAAUGGAAACAGUAAUGGCAGCGCCAACGGCAGUAGAAAGCAGGGCGAGUUCUCGACUUAUGACAUUGAUGCUGAGAACGCGGCGGACGACGAACGCACGCCACUGAUAUCAUCGGUGCGAAGCCCCCGAGUUCGAACCCCUCGACACCGCAACAGUGCCACUGUCCGCCACAUGGAACGUCGCCAUCGUCAUAGCGGCGGAUGGUGCCGCCGAUUCGCCGGCUGUCUCGUGCUAGCAAUCCUCGUACUUGUCCUGGUCUUCAGUGCUGUUGGACUCGUGUUUGCAACGACAAAGCCGCUUACAGGAGUCAAUGUCCGCGAGAUCCAAAACGUCGUCGCAAGUCAGGAGGAGCUGAUGCUCGACCUGGUUGUCGACGCUAUUAAUCCUAAUAUCAUAGGAGUUACGAUCGCCGACAUGGACGUCAACAUUUUCGCUAAAAGCAAGCACGUCGGCUCAGAUCGUUGGUGGCGAGAGCAUGGAGGCCACCAUGAGAAUGAAGAGACCUGGACUCCUAUUUCGGAAGACGCCGUCGACGUGACCGGCGGCGUUGAUGAAGGAACAGAUCCCAUCGGCGAUGGAGAGCCAAGAACCAUGUUGCUUGGCCGCAUAUUCAAGUUCGACUCCCCGCUUUCCUUCGAGGGCUCACCUAUCAAACGACAGAACGUUUCCUCCCUCGGUGGCAUGCGCCUGUCAAAGCCCGGCAACAAGACCGAAGCAGGAGGUACCGAACGAUGGGAAGAGGUUCUCCAACACCCCUUUCAGCUUAUUGUCCGCGGCGUAUUCAAGUACCAGCUUCCGCUCAGCACUCGCGAGAACACCGUCCCGGUGACUGCAUCCUACUUCUACGAUCCGGACGCCGAGAAGAAGAAGCUCAAGCUCAAAAUCACGGAUGCUCAAAACAACCCAUCCCCCCAACCUGUAAAGAAAUCACCAAAGUCCUUGGAUCGUCACGAUGUACGAGGUGCAAAUUCUCUUCUUUCACUCGUAUAUCCAGACCCAUAG